ACGAUAAUAACACAACAGAAGAAGAACGAUUUACGACUUCUAGAAGAUGUCUGAGUACGCAGCGUCCCAGAAGAGUGCCCUGAAACUAAAAGGGUUAGGGAGCAUUUCAGCUGGAAAAAAGAAGAAGAAGAAGGAUAAAGAGAGCAAGCGUCGCUUGGAGCAGCUCGCCACCGGUCAAAACGACGAGGAGGGGAAAAGCAACAAGACAUAUGCUGACAAAAGAACCCCGGCACAAAUGGCCUUUGACAAGAUGCAAGAGAAGAGGCAAAUGGAGAGGAUUUUGAACAAAGCCUCAAAGACACACAAACUCAGAGUGGAGGAUUUCAAUCGCCACCUGGACACUCUGACGGAGCAUUACGAUAUCCCAAAGGUCAGCUGGACCAAAUAGAAGAGCAGUUGGUCCCUUGGUUUUGUUUAUCACCUGUCUUGCGCAUCAAAUUUAUUUCCUCGUUUUAUAUAUUUACCUUUAAAAUCCUUCAAUUGUCACUUAUGUUUUAAUUUCUUGUGUAUGCUAUAAAGGAUCUAACGCA